CUGCAGUGUAUUCCCGAGUGUAGCUCGGGGUUACCGCUUUUGGUGCUGAAACUUUACCCCGAGCUACACUCGGGAAUACCGCCAGGGGGCUACACUCCGGGAUCCCUUCUGCACUUACCUUGUCCUGCGUUCCCGCGAUGUCCCUCCUGCAGUGUCCGCUGUAAUGUCCUCCGGCCGAUGCCGGCAUCUGUCUUCCGGGUUCCGUUCCCUGCGACGUCGGGACGUACGGGGGACAGAACUGACGGGAAAUUUGAAAGUUGUAAAAGUGACAUUCACUAAAUUCACGAAUAUCACAUAGUAUAACAUUCCUGUAUCAAACCAUUUCACAUACAU